UGUGUUCGUGUAAAGAGUACAAUCGCUACAGUAGCUACAUCAAGUCAGUUCAGUUGCUGUGGGAGAAGCAGUGCUGUGCCCAGCAGAAAAUGCUUUUGAAGCAGUUCCUAGUCUUGCAGCAGCAAGGGGAGGUUCCGUCCCACAUCUCACUGACGGAUAUUAGAGAUUGGCUCAUUGCCAAGGGUAGAAACUACUUUAAGAACACGUUUCAGAGUGAAAUGGAAGAGGGGAAGAACCUUCACUUGGCUGAACUGGCUUGGGAUGUGAAACGACGCCUCAGGCUAAAGGAGCUGGAAAGAGAAGUGUGCAGGGAGCUGCGCCUGGAGCGCCGAAUCCGCUGGUCGGUGAUUGGACAGCCUGGUAGCCAGAUGGGAGAUUGGAGACCCCUGGGCAUGGAGACACACACACCUCUGGGAAUGGACACUCUUUCCAGUCAAAUCUCGACUGAGAACCUCGAGGUUGCUAGGCUACAUACUGCCAGACCACAUAUUGCCAGACCACAAACUACCAGACCACGUUCUGCCAGACCACCAACUGAAAGACCUAGCAGUGGCUCUGAUCACUCUGGAACCUUGUCUUCUGUGAUGACCUGCUCACCACAUUCAGCUAGCCCGUCAGUGGUAGGUCACUUUGGUCAUGAACAUGUUCCCAGCUUUCACUCUUUGGGGGCUGUAGGCAUAUUACUGCUUCCCUGUCUCCCAUCUCCUGGGAAAUCCAUAUCCAAGUACAGUGGCAAGAAAAAGUAUGUGAACCCUUUGGAAUUACCUGGACUUCUGCGUAAAUUGGUCCUAAAAUGUUCUCUGAUCUUCAUCUAAGUCACAACAAUAGACAAACAAUGAUACUUUUUCAUGUCUUUAUUGAACACACGGUGUAAACAUUCACAGUGCAGGGUGGAAAAAGUACUCAGCAAAAAAAUAAACUUCCCUUUUUCAGGACCCUGUCUUUCAAAGAUAAUUCAUAUAAAUCCAAAUAACUUCACAGAUCUUCAUUUUAAAGGGUAUAAACACUGUUUCCCAUGCUUGUUCAAUGAACCAUGAACAAAUAAUGAACAUGCGUCUGUGGAACGGUCGUUAAGACACUAACAGCUUACGGAUGAUAGGCA